AAAUAGUUUCAAAAUAAUUUAUUGUUUACUUGUUAUUUAUUAAAAGUAAAGACUUCCUUGAGUGAUGAAAUGAACAGUGAAGGUUAACAAAAGAUAGAGAAUCAAUGUUAAGGCUCUAUGAAGGAUUCAGGUGAAGUAAUUCAUAUAUUUUCGUACAGAGCAGUUAAGCAACGUGAGCACAUAUGCCAAAGAGAGGCAUAAAUACUAAAAUAUUUAAUUGAUCAACAAAAUUUAAAAUGGAAAAUUGUGAUAAAAUAGAUAAUCAAAGGGAGAAUGAGCCUUUAUUUUUAUCUAAUAAAAUUACUGUUUUUAUUAAAAUUUGGAACGAUGAAAACAUUGAAAAUAAGUCUUGUGGAUUUCAUCUAACAAGAUCUAAAUGGGACCCUUAUCCUUGGAUUAGUUUCGUUGAAACAGGAAGUAUUGCUGAUAUUUCAGGACUUCGAGCUGGAGAUUGUCUUUUAGAAAUUGAUGGCUUCGACAUUGUAGGCUUACGUGUAAAAGAAAUUAGUUCAUUAAUAAAAAAAAGCAGAGGAACUGUAAAUCUACAGGUAUGGCGAAAUAAAAUAGCUUCUACAACUGAAUCAGAAAAUGAAAACGGUGCAGCCGUAUCAGGGCCUCUUCCAACUUUGGCUGGCAAAUUAGCUACAGCAUUAUCAGGGACAAUUCGAGCUCUUGAAUGUCCGGUUUGUUUAGAAACAGCAUCAUCUCCGGUAGCUCAGUGUGUUCAUGGUCAUAUUUUGUGUGUGGGUUGUCGGAUAAAAACUCCAAAAUGUCCUGUCUGUAGAGUCAGAUUAGGACAAGGAAGAUGCUUACUUGCUGAUGAAAUUCAAAGAAAUAUUCGUGAUGCUUUUGAAGAUUCUCUCAACAAUAUGGAGCAUUCACAGAAUGCUUCAUUAAGAGAGAAAUUAUUUGGAAAGCCUAGAAAAAAAUUGGAAAAUAAUCAACAGAAUUUACAUCAAACCAAUAUAAAUACAAAAUCUAAAUCUUCUUUUGCUCGGUUAUUUUUUGGUGGAUUUGAUAAAGCAGCAUCUGUAGACAAUUUAACAACUCCUUCACCAGAAAUGAAUGAUUUCUCAAGCCAAGAACCAUCAGCUUCAUAUCGAAGAUUAGGUGAACUCUUUCUUGGUGACAGAACAAAAUCUGCAAGCACGGGAGAACUAUCUCACGAUAAAAAAAAUAAAGACAUUUCAUCAUCAUUGUUUGGCAAUUCAAAUAGUGGAAAAGUUUAUACACAUUCAUCAGGAUAUUUAAGUGUUCCACCAACACCAGUAUGGGGCGGCUCUACAGAAUCAAUGGCUAAUAAUUAUUUUACAUGUCCUCUAGCAAGCUCUAGCCACUGUACAGUACCUCUUAAUCACGAUAAUUACAUGGAACACUUAGGAAAAAAUCAUUCUGUAAUUCAAGCUCAUUUUUAUGAACUAUUAGCCACAAUUCCAAUGCCUAUGCCAUUUGGAAAUGAUUGUAUUUAUAUUUUUCACCAUCUUAGUGAUCUGUUUUUUUUCCAAAUCAAGGACAAAUUAGCUUGGAUUGUUGGAACUGGAAACAAUGGAAAUUGGAUUCUGCACGCCUGGUGUUCAAAUGGUACAGAAAUCAAAUUUCAAAAAUCGAUAUCAAAGAUUGAUGAUUCUAAACCAGAAUCAAAUUGUUCAGUAUCACUUUCUUCUGAAUUAAAUAUUGUUUUUCUAACAAUUCAAAUUAUUUACUCACAAACUGAGAGCUUUAAACUUUAAUGCUAAAGACCAAAUUAAUAUUUUUUAAUCAUGAUUAUUUCAAAAGUGUAACAAAUUAUUUAUUUAAAAUACAAUGAAAAAUAGUAAAGAUAUAAAAAAUUACAUACUAAGUAUCAUUUUAAA